CCCCAGGGCCAAGACUGAACAUAGUUGCAAUCGAUGCAUGGAUCCUAAAAAGCAGAGAGGCUCUUUUUUCAUACCCACGCAGGGCCACUCCCAGCUCCACCUGUACAUCGGAGUUCCUGAGUAAAAAUGCCACAUACAACACACACCACGACACCUGUGCUGUACUCACAGCACAUACUAAUUAAUCGCUUACAAUUUCCCACGGCGCAGUUUGAUCUUAUCCAUCUUUCUUUCGUUAUGAAUGCGUUGGUUCUAUUUUUUUUCCCUUUCUUUUCAUUUUCAUUUUCCUCUUCAUCCUCAUCCCUUUUUGACCGGUCAUGCAUAUAUCAACCACACCACCACAAUCCAUUUUGUAUAUGCCAUACUCUCUCUUCCUCUCUGAUCCAAGUGUCAAGGAGAAAGAAAUUGCAGACCAAAAUAUUUGUUUGUAAAUAAACCCUCUUUUUUCCCUUUUUUUUUCUUUACUUAUCUCUUUUGUUCUCUUUUGUUUUCUUUUUGUUUAUCCUCUGGAUCACACAUGCCUGUCUGUAUAUUCACUUUGUUUCCUUUUUUUCUCCUUCGAAUUUAUUUAUCUUUUUGAGUGAUAGUGCGUAG